AUGCAGGAUUUUUGCCAGCAUACGCCGCUUGUCUACGCUGUAAAAGAGGGACAUGCUGAUGUAGUCGAUGUUUUUCUUCGCAGUAAGAGGGUCUCGCCCAAAGCGCGGGAUGGAUAUAAGGAGCUCCUCUUCCAUGAGGCUGUUGAGGCGGGGAAAUGUGAUGUUGUUCAGGUUUUUCUCGAUAAUGGCGUCCCCGUUGAUCUGAAAGGAGGUGAUGGGAAGAGGGCUCUUCAUCUCGCUGCUGAUACUCGCAAUCUUGAGAUGGCUCGUCUUCUGCUUGAGAACGGUGCUUCCACUAAGAUUAAGGACUCCAUUGGGUAUACUGCUUCCCAGAGUAGCAGGGAUGAGGAGGUGACUAUGCUUAUUCGGAAUUGGGCUGAUCAAGCUGCGAGUUCGGAUCCUCAAGGUAAGAGAGUGUCACGCCCCCCGAAGGCGGCGGUGGCUGCACCCCCAGAAUAUGUUGCGUGA